AAGGAGAUAACUGGCUAGGAUUGCGUAGAAAAACAUGGUUAUAACAGGAAAGGUAGUUCGUGAAGUGGAUAUCAAUUGUGGUGGCAACUUCCUCCACCAAUUCUUCAGCCACAAACCACACGAAAUGGCCAUCAUUGCCCCUGAUACGGUUCACCGUGUCGAUCUUGUUUCUGGGCGAUGGGGUGCUCCUGGAUCUGUCAUUUCUUGCCACUUCAUCCAUGAUGAAAAAAUAAAUAGUGUAAAAGACUUUAUCAAAGUAGAUGAUGAGAAAAUUGUGUUCAAGGUGAUUGAAGGAGAUGUAUUGCAGGUGUAUAAUGCGUUAAGCUUUAGUAUUCAUAUGGAAGAGGCUGAAGAUAAGCAGUCGGGUGUUUGGAGUGUGAAUUUUGAGAAGGCGAAUGCAAGUAUACCUGAUCCAACUCCAUAUCUAGACUUGCUUUGUGGUUUCACCAAAGAUAUGAAUGCUUAUAUCCUUAAGCAGGCAAAUGCAUGAUCGUAAUACUCUAAUAAUGAUAAAAGGAAAGUGUUUGUACCU